CCAGAGCACAGGCACCAUGCGACUCGCGACGAAGAUAACUCGAUACUAACUCGAAACUAUUCAACUUACGAGAGAAAUAAAGCAAUAUAUUCAAUAAUCCCCUCAUUAUAUAAUUUAUUAUAAUAUAAUUGUUUACAAACUUAAAAUAAUGUACUUAGUUGUUCCUGCUUUCGUCGAAUAUGUUUAAGAUGCUGAGGACUUUGCUUCCAAUAGUAUUCGUAACUACGAUCACUUUAUGUUCAAGCAACGUUCUUCCAAUAUUGUCCAUAAACAAACUAGAUACUGAACCAUUACUAGACGACCAAGAUACUGACAAUACUUUUAAUAACAAAUAUACUAAUGUAAAUCCGAAUAUAUUUUAUAAGGUUUUUAUCGAAACACCUAAAGAUAAUACGCCAAAAAAGCCACAAAUAUCAAGAUCGAAGUAUUUGGACAAUGACAACAAUCAGGAUGCAAAGAUAUUGAAUGGAAAAAUAGAUAAUGAAGACAGCGAUGACGAGGGGUUUCGAAAAGAGCAAUGGCAUAACUAUCCCAGACAACUAGACCGUCUCAAUAGAAACGUUAAUGAAGAGUUUGAUAAAAUCUUACUGGACACUAAAGAUCUAGAGAGAUUAAAAGGGAUCGAUGAUAAUACUCCACCAUUUACUGACGAUGAAAUAGGAACUUAUGGUGAUGAUACUUUUGAUGGACCUUUACUAAUCCUAAAGAUACGACUAGCAUAUUUAAAAGAUGAUAUUAAAAAUGUUGAUACAAAUAAGUUUACGUAUUCGGAUUUGGUACCCCUUAACUCAAAAACUGAUAAUACAAGAGAAGAGAAUGUUUUGAAUGCGAAUGAUAUUGAACCUCUCAUAAAAGUAAAAAGAAAGGGUCAUAGUCAGGAUAUUACGUUUUUGGAAAGUCCUACGAAUGACAAAAAAGCCGUUAGAAAGCGUAUAUUUUCCUUAUGGAGUCGACUACAAAGUCUCUCACACAGAGGUCAUGAACUCCAUCACAGAAGGCACCUCUACGCACUCUAUGGACUCCCAGAAGAUGGUGGUGGAACCCUGACUGCGGAGACUAGAGGCACCAUGAUGAGACCACCUGGAUCGCCAUUACGAUGGGGUUAAAACAUAUAUUCCUAAGUCAAAAAUCAAGAUAGGUUUUAUUUAUACUACAAGCUAUAACGACUAAGACAGUAUUUCCUGCAUUCUUUUGUGUUUCUGAAAGAUUAUUUGUACAACGAAUGAGGAACAUUAUCCAGGAGCCCAAAGCUCAAAGGGAAUUUUCUCUGCGCUUCAAGUUUUACCUUUCGAGUCAUAAAUACAAAAGUACCUAUUGUAUUCAAUAAGAAAUGCCACAAAUGACCGCUGCAUUACAGCUACAUUUGCUUUCAAUUCAAUUAACUGGCAGAAAAUUUCGUUUUAUAAUUAAUGUUUAAAUUGUUGUUUCUUUAUGCUCUUCUCUAGGCCUGUUACGUUAAGGAUUGCCACGUGCCAUUGUAAUGCGAAGGAAAGAGAGGUGCUUUUUACACCAAUGUUAAAAGUUUGUACAAGAAAAUUGUAAUGUCCGCGGUGUGUUUGAGAAUAGGUUAUAUGUACAAAAUACAAUAUAUAAAGUACCUAAUCAAAGCAGUUGCUCCAAUGACCAAAGGCUUAAAGGCUUUUGCUCUAUAAUAAUAUAUUCCUUGAACCAAAUCAUAAAGGUACUUUCACUUUCACAGUAACACUAAAAUAUUAAAAUUUUGCAAAUAAAUACUAUUUCAACUAUUCUAUAUUUUCUUUAAUAAAUAUAAUUUUACAGCGUUAAGUAGGCAUCGUUAAGAAGCUGAAUAGUACAAUAAUGUGACCAAUAUUUUUAAGUAUUUAUUUACAAUUUUUUACGUUAACAUUAUUACUAUAUUAAAACUUAAUUACGCAUCGAUUGACUAUGUAUAUGAUUAAAAUAUAAAUAAAGGAGCAAUAUAACGUAGCUUAUAUUAAUCUCUAGAAGUAGCAAUAAGUCGUCUUUAUAAAACAAUGAAAAAAAAAUUGAUUUGUCAACGAUAUUGUUUUUCAGCAAGAUGGUAUUUUUUUGACUAAUCCUGUUGUUAAGUCCAUGGUAGGUUUUUGUGUAUCUGCUCAUAUGACUUUGUUUAAUAUAAUUAUAGCAAUAAAUGACAAAGUAGAUGUUAAUAGAAUGUGUUAUUAAUAUAUAGCCAAUAACGAAUAAUAAAUGCCAGCUGAAGAAAAGUAAUAAAUAGAAUUAACAAGAAGCAUAUUCCUAUGUAUUACUAUCAUCAAUAAAGAUUAGUGAAAUUGUGUUAUAUCCAUUUAUAGUCAUAAAAAUGUAUAACAAACUUAGAGAUCAUCGUAAUACAUGUAAAUAAAGGCCAUGUAUAUCAUGACAUGAUUUUCAUUUCAAACGCUGGGUUGUAUUAACAUGAUUCUAGCAAAAAUUUAAAAUAUUGAUCAUAAGAAUGAUUGAGGUUCUUGUGAUUAU